AUGGCAGGUCGCGUUCCCGGUGUCACGGUGUCCUUGGAGGCUCCGCUCCCGGCCAUGACUGUGAAGAUUUCAGGGGUGGCGGUUGCACUCCCAAGAGUUUUGCAGGCUGUCAAGAUGGAGAUCGCAGAGGAGGCUGGCAGUCCCAGUCCGCUCCUUCAGGCAGUCAUGGCGGGACGCAGCUUAGAUAUGGAGCGAGCCCAGGCAAUUGCCCGAGAGAUUGCAAAGCCGGACUACACCAUCGGCCAGUAUUUUCAGGACCUGAUGGCCACUUUUCCAGAGCUUCAUUUGUUUGGUCUCGAGGGGAUGUCUGUAGACACGCUGGAGUUCAAGCGUGAUGUUCUAUAUGGUGGAAGAGUGGCCGGUGAUGAGUUUCAGCGUACUGUUGGUGCAUUCUUUGCCAUUUACUGGUUGCUGCGUUCGAGCAUUGAUGGCAAGCAUGGUUUUUGUCAUGGAGUUGACGAUUCAUGGAGGCCGCUGGCUUCACGCGAAGGUGAAAGCGAGAAAUGUCGUGUUUUCUAUGACGACGACACGAUCUGGAAUUAUUUUCAACACUUGAUGCUCGAUGCAGGCGUUCUCGUCCAAAAUGGCGCAAAGCUGGAAGUGGACUCUGAGACAACUCUUGCACUCUUGGUGCUGACAGCGCUGCAUGACGUCAUGAAGGUUAGCUUGCUGCUGCCGGUUGUUCAGAAGGUUGAUGCCCCGUACCGUGGCUAUUGCGAGUCGGAAGUCAUUGCAGACCAUGACUUGGCUAUAUUUUAUCUUAUUGAGCGAUAUCCACAGCUUCUGCCAUCAUUGAGCAGUUUGAAGCCAGACUUGCAAGCAUCAGUGCAAAUGGUACUGAGUGGGCUUGCCUUCAACAACGGUUGGUUUGUGCAAGCAGAGGCACCUCCAGGAGCCGUCCUGCGGGGGAUCAAGGCUGCGAUCACAUCUCAAAACAAGUCUGAUCGGAAAGUGAGCAAGCGCGAUUUGAGCUUAUAUUUCGUACACUGGUUGACAGAUCUCGCGGGGGCCGAGCCUUCGCCAUUAUUUGGAUGCCUUAAGCUCACUAGCCAGCUCCCGCUUCCCGUGCUGAAGAGCUUCAUGGAGUCGGUCAAGUAUAUUCAACAACUGGCGGAGCGUUCUGAGACGGAGGUCAUGGAAAGCUACCUGAAGGAUCGCUGGAGAAAUCACGUGCCGCCGAUGGGACCUCUGCCGAGCGGGCCCGAAGCUCUCGUCAAGCUGCGGUUGCUUUGCAUGGCCCAAGGCAUGGCGUCGCAAGUGCUGGAAGCCUUCGAGAAUCUCAACGAAGCAGAUAAGGAGGUCCUCAGCAUUGAAAUGUCGAGAACAGGUACGGAAAACCAAAGCUUCUCAGAGGGGAUUGUGCCACCCAGCGUGAGAGACUGUUUGGCGGGGCCAGCUUUCCUGGUUUACUAUGGCCCGGCAUUCUUGCAGAGGAUGCACAGUGACAGUCCAUUGAGACGUCUGGAGAUCCUGGCCGAAAUCUACCGCCGUGCUCGCAAGCUAUGGCCCGCUACCAACGAUCAAGCCGCAAGCUUCGUCCUCAUCCGGAUCGAUGCCAUCACCAUCCAGGGAAAGUGGAGCGCAUCGGAUCCUGAACUACUACUCUUGAGGAUGUGCAGCAACAAGCAGGCUGUCAUUGAAAGAAAGCCGCAUGCAGACCCAAAGACGGCGAAUAUUAAAGAGGAGAACACGGAAGUCUUGUUCGCUCCGGAUGUGGUGAACAGUCCCGAUGGCGAGGAUAUCUGCUCUCAAGAGGAGAUGAUCCGACGCGUGAGCAGCGAAAUCCUGAAUGCUGGGCGCUGGUACCGCAAAGUGGCUUUUGCUUUCCUGCGCCGUGCUCAACCAGGAGAGGUCAUCACCACAAUCGUGGAUGGCAAAGAGGAAACCGUCAACACUGCUGUCGAUGGCGACUAUGUUGUGCAAGCCAACACCCGAUGGAAAGAAAACUACAUCCUUUCCUAUGCGACCACGUCAGCAGCCUAUGACUUGGCGACCCCGCUCGAAAUCCCGCAUGGUCGAGAGGACGCCCAGCAAUUGCGCAAGGACGGGUACCGCUGCUACAGGUCACGCACGCGCAUUCGCGCGCUGCGUGCCACGGAAGAGUUUCUGCGGAGGCACUGCCCGUCCAAGAAGUUCAUGGCGAAAUGGGGAUCACCAUGCUCAGUAGAAGUCGACGACAUCAUAGCAGCCCAAGUCAGUGCAAGCUCCGUGGUGACCGAGAUCUACAGGAUUGAGAAAACGGUCUUCAGAGAGACCUUCAUUCCUGAGCAGAAGUGA